UAUAAAAUCGAACAACUGCGUUUUGAUGCAGCUCUGAUUCUUCCUCCCCCGUGGAGAGGAUUUAGGGUUUUUGAAAUCCAAUCCCAUCUUUCAAUUAAUCACUAGCAUGGCGAAUCGUACGGAUCCAGCAGCGAAGAGCAUAAGAGGAACAAACCCUCAAAACCUAGUGGAGAAGAUUCUCCGCUCAAAGAUCUACCAGAACACAUAUUGGAAGGAACAAUGCUUCGGUUUAACGGCGGAGACCUUAGUCGACAAGGCCAUGGAGCUCGACCACCUCGGCGGCACCUACGGUGGCAACCGCAAACCCACUCCCUUCAUGUGCCUCGUCAUGAAAAUGCUCCAGAUUCAGCCCGAGAAAGAAAUCGUCAUCGAGUUCAUAAAAAACGAUGAUUACAAGUAUGUGAGGAUACUUGGUGCGUUCUAUUUGCGUCUUACGGGAUCUGAUACUGAUGUGUACCAUUACCUGGAACCGUUGUAUAAUGAUUAUAGAAAACUGAGGCGGAAAUUAGCUGACGGACAGUUUAGUUUGACGCAUGUUGAUGAGGUCAUUGAUGAACUUCUCACAACGGAUUAUUCCUGUGAUAUUGCUAUGCCGCGUAUUAAGAAAAGGUGGACUCUUGAAUCUCUUGGUUCAUUAGAACCUAGACAAAGUGCACUUGAAGAGGAUUUUGAUGAGGAAGAGGAGAAUGAGGAUAAUGAACAACCUGCCGAUGAGCUUGAAGAGAAGACCCAUGAGAAGGAUUAUUAUCGUGGGAGAAGCCCUGCAAGGGAAAGAGAUAGGGAUAGAAGACGUGAAAGUCAUAGACACAGGGAUCGCGACUAUGAAAGAGAAUAUGAUAGAGAUUAUGACAGAGAGCGUGGACGUGGCCGAGAUAGAGACAGAGAUAGGGAAAAGGAAAGGGACAGAGAUAGGGAGAGAGACAGAGACCGAUAUCGUGUGAGGGAAGAAAAGGAUUAUGGCCGUGAGAGAGAAGGCAGGGAGCGAGAGAGAAGAGACAGAGAUCGCGACCGUGGUAGGAGAAGGAGCUACUCAAGGAGUCGAAGUAGAAGCAGGGAUCGCAAGGAACAUGAUGGUGGGGACUACAGGAAGAGACAUGCUCGUAGUAGCGUUAGUCCUAGAAGGCAUGGAGAUGGAGCUGAAGAUGGGGAGCCAAAGAGGAAGAAGGAGAAGAAAGAAAAGAAGGAAAAGAAGGAUGACGGAACUGACCAUCCAGAUCCAGAGAUUGCCGAAGCAAACAGGAUACGAGCUUCACUGGGUUUGAAACCACUGAGGAUGUGAUCUGAACGGUAUGGCAUAAAUUUGAAUUGGGUUUUAAAUGAAGCACCAAUAGCGUGUUACAUUGUGAUUUGUGACAGUGACACUUGAUGCUGCUUUCUGUUCCUGUACCAUGUUAUUCCCUGAGUGGCAAUUAUCAACUCAAUAGGAAUAGUUUUUCAGACAAGUAUGUAUUCAUGUAGCUGCACCGGUAUUAGCUAGGAUCUCCAUAGCUUUUGUUUUGUUUGCCUUUAUCUCUAUACUAUACAUGAAUCCGAACAGACAAGUGUUAUGUCCAAUUCAUCUAAUGCUGGAGUCUAUAAGUAUUUGAUCAAUGGAAAAAAUCAAUGUGACAUUUCUCUUGUAA